CUGCCGGCCAGGUGGCUCAGAUGGAGCGAGCCCACAGCCGCCUCCAGAGCGAGUUGGAGCGCUGUAAAGACAUUCACCGGACCCAGGAGGACAGAAGAGAAAGCAGGCUUCAUGUUGACCAGCUGAAGGAGCAGGCUGACCGGCUCACUGCUGAACUGAGCAGCCUGCAGACAGCACACAGCGCUCUCAGGGAGGAGAUGGUUUCCGAGCGGCUGCAGACUGCCGAGCUCCAGGCCGAGCUUAGCUCCACUGUCCAGGAGAAGCUGACAGCAAAGGGGGAAAGAGAGAGACUGGAGAUCCAGACGCAGCGCCUCAAAGAGCAGCUCAAGUGGCAUCAAGAGCGGCUCUCCUCAACAAAGGAAGCACUUCUUAGCAGUCAGAAGCCUGAACUGCACACAGCUCAUAUAGAAGCUAGGCUAAAUCCAGUGGAGAGAACCAAGGAUGAUGAUCAGGAGCUGAAUCAUCUGCAGAACCAGCUGGAGGAGGAGCAGCAGCUGGCCGCUCAGCACCAACUGGCCCUGCAGGCUCAAGUCAGUGAGGCGCUGGCACACAUCAAGUCCCAGGACUCGGUGCUGAGCCAGAAGGCAGAGGAGGCGAAGCAGAUGAAGCAGGACCUGCAGAGGGCCCAGAGCCUGUUCACCUCCGCAGAGAGGGAGCUGCGCUACGAGAAGGAGAAGAACAUGGACACCAAGAGACACAACACCCUGCUGGACCAGGAGAAACUCAAGCUUUGUGCGGAGCUGAAGCAGCUCCAGACCAAGCUGGUGCAGUUGGAGCAGUGCGUUCACUCUCAGGCGGCCGAGUGUGAACGUCAGCAGCAGAGAAUCAGGGAACUGGAGUUAGAACUGGCGCGUAACUCCACAAACCGCAGCGCCACCACCAGCCUGCAGGAGGACCUGCAGAACGAGAGGGCCCGGCUCAUUGUUGCUGACAAGAAGGUGUUGGAGCUACAGCAGCAGCUAAAGAGCGCCCAGCACCAGCUGCGUGUGGAGGAAGCCCGGGCGGGGGAGAGCAGCCGCUUGGAGAGGGACAGCAGAGAUCUGUCCGACACCCUGUCAGCCCUGAGAGCCCAGCAGCAGGAGGAGCACAUCACCAGGAAGCUGGUAGAGCAGCGCGAGGAGGAGCUGCAGCAGCAGGUGCGCUCCCUGAGGCUGAAUGAGGCCUCCAUGACGCGGACAAACGCAGAGCUCAGCCACCGCGCGCAGCAGAUGGACACACGCCUGGCUGUGUUAGAGGCUGAGCUCAGCAAGGCCAGAGAGGAGGUAAGAGCAGGGUCCAACCACUGGUCUCAG